ACCGCCUCCCUGCGCCGCGCGCGGCCACGUGGACGGCGGCGCGGGUGCAGGUGGGCUCCGUGUGGUACCGAACGGAACCGAGCCGAGCCAUGAGCGUGGGGUUCAUCGGCGCCGGGCAGCUCGCCUUUGCCCUGGCCAGGGGCUUCACGGCGGCAGGGAUCCUGUCGGCGCACAAGAUCACGGCGAGUUCCCCGGACACUGACCUGCCCACCGUGAGUGGCCUGCGGAAAAUGGGCGUGAACUUUACGGUGAGCAACAAGGACACGGUGAAGAACAGCGAUGUCCUCUUCCUGGCCGUGAAGCCCCCCAUCAUCCCUUUCAUUCUGGAGGAGGUGGGCCCCGAUAUCGAGCCGCGCCACAUCGUGGUGUCCUGCGCAGCCGGCGUUACAAUCGGCUCCAUCGAGAAGAAACUCUCUACCUUCUGCCCCACACCAAAAGUGAUCAGGUGCAUGACCAACACCCCUGUGAUUGUCCGGGAAGGUGCUACUGUCUAUGCCACUGGGACUCAUGCUGAUGUGGAGGAUGGGAAGCUCUUGGAACAACUGAUGGCCAGUGUAGGCUUCUGCACUGAGGUGGAAGAGGACCUGAUAGAUGCUGUAACAGGACUCAGUGGCAGUGGCCCUGCAUAUGCAUUCACUGCCCUGGAUGCUCUGGCAGAUGGGGGAGUGAAAAUGGGACUUCCUCGCCGACUGGCUGUUCGACUUGGGGCACAGGCUUUGCUGGGUGCUGCCAAAAUGCUGUUAGAGUCUGAGCAGCAUCCUGGUCAGCUGAAGGACAAUGUCUGCUCACCUGGAGGAGCCACCAUCCAUGCCCUGCACUUCCUUGAGAGCGGAGGCUUUCGCUCACUCCUAAUCAAUGCCGUGGAGGCUUCCUGCAUCCGGACAAGAGAGCUGCAGCAUGUGGCAGACCAAGAGAAGAUCUCCCCAGCAGCCAUCAAGAAGACUUUGUUGGAUAAAGUGAAGAUGGAAUCUCCUUCUCUGUCCAGCAAAGUCAGCCUGUUCACCAAUAAGAGCCCAAGCAGCAAGAAGAACUAACCAGACUGCUGUAGUCUGGUUCUGCUGAACACCAGCCUUCUUCAUGCCAUUUCUGUUUUCUCUAAGGAAAAACACUCUCUCUGAAUGUUGGUGUCCCCCAUGCCUGGCUCUUAGCUUGCAGCAGCUGUGGGACAAUGCAGUACUGUAGAAAAGGGUCUUUAACAUGUAGUGGGCUUGGUGCAGACUGUCCCUGGUGUUGCUGUUCUGUCUUGCCUGGGGGUUAGGCCAUCGUUAGAGCUUCAUCAAGGGCACUGUUUGUCCAGAAGCCUUGGUUACUUCUAGGACUCAGGCAGUGUUUGUGAUGUCCAAUGCAGAAAUGGUUUCUCAUAGGAUUUUAAAAAGAGGUUUCAGAAUGCCAUUUAGCUUCAAAAGUUGGAACCAGGCUUAGAUCUCUCUGGCCUCGUCUUGCAUCUGCUAUCAGAGCUUGGGUCUUGUUACUGGCUAGAGCAGGUACUGCCACACAAAUGCAGUGCCAUGCACUACACUAGAGACUGGGCCCUAAAGCCUCUCACAAGGGACCAAAGUGCCUCCGUCAAUCCCCCAUCUGCCUUGACUGGUAGACAGAUGGUGUGAACCUGUGGACCACACUCUCUUUGGUGGCUGCCUCUUCCCUGCUUUGUCUGGUUUGGGGAACCCUGGUUUGAUCUUGCUGUCCUUUUUUUGCUGCACAUCUGGCUUGUCUAGUUGGACCAGGUGGAGGUGUAGUGAGUGCUCUUUUCCCUCCAUCACUUCUUUGUGCUCUCCAUGAAGCAGAAUCUGCUCCCACACCCCUCUCUUCCUGAGCCCACUGGGGAAAUGGAUAAAUGAGGGUUGGAGGUACCAGUGCUCUGAUUACAGCCCCAGAACAGCAGCAGUGAGUAGACCACUACUUACUGUGUUUUCUUUACAGACAGUGUUCCUGUGUGGCUUCCUUGCCUCUCUGCUUUCCUCCCAGAGGCCAAGUAAGGCAUGUGUCAAGCCAGAUAGCUGCACAGAGGAUGCAGGCUGCCCCUACCACUUCUGUGGGGCUGCUGUGGGAGCAACAGGCUGGAGGAUAUGGCACAGACUUGAGUGGAUAAUUUGUACUGUAUUCUACCUUGGGGCACACUAGGGGAGUGCUGGGGAAGAAAAGGACAUGUAAGAUGGGCUGCUUGUCUCUUGAGGAAUCCUGGAUGUGCAGGCAAUGCAGGAAGAGUAUUUUGAUACUGAUGCAGAGGCUGACAAAGGUGCUAGUAAUGCUAAAGCAUUUUUAGUGUCAGGCUUUCAGCUGGUUGCAGGGUGUGACCCUGUAGGUAUGGUAGAAGGUUACUCCUUAGGAGUGUGCUUCACUCUAUGAAAUAAACUGCUGCUCUGACAGAGCUGUGGCUA